UCAGCUCACUGCAUUGCCGUUGACUCAUGAUGUAUAUCUCUAAUUUGAUCUCGGAGGUCCUGCUCCUUAGUACCGUUCAUCUUGUACAGUUACCAGUAGUUGCAGGAAGGAAAUGGAGCGGACUAGGUACAACCCCCAACCUGGAGGCCAUUGUAAUUGGAAGGUGUAAUGAUUAUAUUGAAACAGUGAAUCCUUCUGUGGGUAAGAAGAACUGCUCUGCUAUAUGGAUUGCCUUUAAAAGUGCAUUUGUCAGCAAGGAUCCAUGUUCUGUACUCCCAUCUGAUUAUGAGUUGUAUACCAACUUGACGCUGCAUGACAUCCCUGCAGAUAAGUCUCUUUUCUGGGAAAAUAACAAGCAACUGGUUCACAGAUACUCUGAUAGAACAAAGCGCUACAUGCCUCUUGGUGACACUUUAAUGGGCUGGCUGGCUGAUAAUUUGUACUUCUGUGGAUCCACCACUGAUCCAGGUAUUGACUACGACUCAUGUCCUGUUAUGGCUGAGUGUGAACACAAUGCCGAGGAGUCCUUCUGGAGAAUGGCUUCUGUUACUUAUGCUAAACACAGCUUUGGUGAUAUACAGAUUAUGCUGAAUGGAUCCACACCAGGUGGGGCUUUUCCAGUACCCAGUUUUUUAGCUGACUAUGAAAUUCCAAAUUUUCAAAGAGAUAAAGUAUCCAACAUUAAUAUCUGGGUGAUGGAUGAAAUAGGUGGAAUUAAUGUGGAUUCAUGUGGAGAGAAUAGCACUGCUGUAUUAGAAUCUAUCCUGACAUCAAGACAUUUUCCAUACAAAUGCUACAACAACUACAGACCAGUCAGAAUAUUACAGUGUGUGGACAUUCCUGAUCACCCCGAAUGUGCCACAAACAACAGGUGCGGAGACUUUACUUCGUGGAUGACAAUGAUUUCAGCUUGGCUCACUCUCUUAUUAAUCAUGGAAAUAGCAUUCAUUAAUUAA